CUACAACCUCUUACCGCACCAGCGGACGCGUGCCGGCAAACGUUCUUACCAGUGUGAGGACUGCGGGAAGACGUUCGGGUGGAGCUCCCACCUGGCUCCCACCUGGGUCACCGAGCACCAGCUGAUGCACACCGGCGAGAAGCCCUACACCUGCUCCCAGUGCGGGAAGAGCUUUGGGCAGAGCUACAACCUCAUCCAGCAUGAGCUGACCCACAUCAGUGAGCAGCCCUACCAGUGCAGGGAGUGUGGCAAGAGCUUCAGUCAGGGAUUUACCCUCAUCCAGCACCAGAAAACCCACACCAGCGAGCGGCCCUACCAGUGCAGGGAGUGCGGGAAGGGCUUCAGGCAGAGAUUUACCCUCAUCCAGCACCAGCUGACCCACACUAGAGAGCAGCCCUACACCUGCGACCAGUGCGGGAAGAGCUUUGGCCAGAGCUCUGCCUUGACCAAGCACUUCCAGACCCACACUGGAAAGCGGCCCUACGCCUGUCCCGAGUGUGGGAAGGCCUUCGCACGGACCUCUGUCUUCCUCAGGCAUCUCCAGGCCCACACCGGGGAGAAGCCCUACAUUUGCAUCUGUGCCCAUGCCUUCAACUGCAGCUCCACCUUGGCCAACCACAAACGCACCCACAACGAGGAUAAGACCUACCACCACAAGGAGGACCUGGCGUGUGGCCCCUAG